CUUUUCUGGCUCACUCUCAAAACUGCGCGGCGGCUGCCGGAAGCAAUUCCGCAGUGGUCGCUGGGAUUGAAGAGAUAUGGCCCCUCCCCUUCCCGGGAUGUCGGAAGAAACCCGACAGAGCAAAUUGGCCGCGGCCAGGAAAAAGUUAAGGGAAUAUCAGCUGAAGCAAGGCUGUCUUCCUACAGGACCUAAGAAGAAAAAGAAGAUUAAAAAUGGCAAUAACCCUGAGACACCCACUUCUCAUGAGUGUCACUCAGCCGAAGAUAUUCAGGACAUUCUGAAGGUGCUGGUGUCCGACCUUAACCGCUCCAAUGGGGUAGUGCUCCCCCCAUUGGACAAGUGGAAGGCGCCCAAAGACUGCGCCGCUCCUGCAGCACCACCUGCUGAUGACACCAUGUCACCUGGCGGUGUCAUUUCCCCCUGUGCUGGUCCCUCCCAUGUCACUAGCAUGGCAUCAACUCAGAACCAUGACGCUGAAAAUGGUCCUAGUCCCAUGGAUGGAAGCAAAUUCUCAUCUACCGAGAGCCUACGUCAGCUUUCUCAGCAGCUCAACGGUCUUGUGUCCGAGUCUACAUCCUACAUCAACGGGGAGGGCCUAGCAUCUUCUGCUAACAUAAAGGCUCUGGAGAGCCGGUAUCAAGAGCUAUCUCUAGCCCUGGACUCCAGCAAUCUAACAAACAAACAACUCAUUAGCAAGAUAGAGGAAUUGAAACAACAGAACCAGGAAACUGUGGAUCAACUGGAAAAAGAGAAGGCAGAAUGUGAGCAAAAGCGCUUGAAGGAGCAGGGGGCUCUGAGAGAGCAGCUGCAGGUUCAUAUCCAGACCAUCGGGAUUCUAGUAUCUGAGAAGACGGAAUUACAGACGGCCCUGUCCCAUACCCACCAGGCAGUCAGGCACAAAGCAGGAGAGGUGGAGGAUCUUAUCUGUCGCCUGAAGUCUUCCCGGCAGCGCAUCGCUGAGCUGGAGCGGACGCUGUCUGCUAUCUCCACGCAGCAGAAACAGGCGGACAGGUACACCAAGGAAUUAACCAAAGAUCGAGAUACCCUCAGGCUGGAGUUAUACAGGAGCAACAAAGCCAAUGAGGACCUGAAGCAGCAGAACUCAGAACUGGAGGAGAAGCUUCGGGUCUUGGUGACUGAGAAUUCGGCUAUGCAACUCAGGUUUGAGGAGUCGCAAAAAAAGCUGGAGAUGUCAGAGCUGCUGGUGCAGCAGCUUUCCAGUCAGUCUGAAACCUCUGAUAGCAAGCAGCAGUUAGAGCAGGCCCUUUUUUCAAAGCUGGAGGCACAUGUGGAGCAGUUGAAGGAUUUGCUGAAGCAACUGCAGAUGGAGAGAGACCAGUACGCGGAGAAUCUGAAAGAAGAGAAUGCCAUUUGGCAACAGAGGAUGGAGCAGAUGUCAGAGAAGAUGUGCAAGUUGAGGGAGGAGAAGGAGCAGAGCGUGAGUCAGGUGCAGGAGCUGGAGACCAGGUUGACUGAACUGAGGAACCAGAUAGCCGUUCCCCCACCCCAGCAGCCCCCAGCAGGGCCUUCGGAGAUGGAACAGCGGCUGGAAGCCGAGGCCAGGCAGCUACAGAAGGAACUAGAGAGCCUGGCGGGGCAGCUGCAGGCCCAGGUGCAAGACAACGAGGGUCUGAGCCGUCUGAAUCGGGAGCAGGAGCAGCGGCUGCUGGAGCUGGAGCAGGCUGCCGAGCGCUGGGGCGAGCAGGCGGAGGAGCGCAAGCGGGUGCUGGAGACCAUGCAGAGCGACCGCACGACCAUCAGCCGCGCUCUCUCCCAGAACCGGGAGCUCAAGGAGCAGCUGGCCGAGCUGCAGAACGGCUUUGUCAGGCUGACCAACGAGAACAUGGAGAUUACCAGCGCGUUUCAGUCGGAGCAGCAUGUCAAGAAGGAGCUGGCCAAGAAGCUGGACCAGCUGCAGGAGAAGCUGGAGGAGCUGAAGGAGACGGUGGAGCUGAAGAGCCAAGAGGCCCAGAGUCUGCAGCAGCAGCGGGACCAGUACCUGAGCCACCUGCAGCAGUAUGUGGUCAGUUAUCAGCAGCACGUGGCCGCCUACCAGCAGCUGGCCUCCGAGAAAGAGGUGCUGCACAAACAGGUCCUGCUACAGACCGAGCUCAUGGACCAGCUACAGCAUGAGGAAGUUCAGGUCAAGAUGGAGGCCGACAUGGCCCGCCAAGAGUUGCAGGAGACCCAGGAGCGCUUGGAAGCUGCCAACCAGCAGAAUCACAAUCUACAGGCCCAGCUGAGCCUCAUGGCUCUGCCUGGGGAAGGAGACGGAGUGGACAUUGAGGAGGAGGACAAAGAGGCUCCCCGGCCAAAGCUGAGCAUGCCGGAGGACCUAGAGAGCCCAGAGGCCAUGGUGGCAUUUUUUAACUCGGCCUUAGCCAGUGCUGAUGAAGAGCAGGCACGGCUGCGUGGGCAGCUCAAGGAGCAGAAGCUGCACUGCCGGCGCCUGGCUCAGCUGGCAGCCCCGUCCCAGCACCCGCUGGAGGGGGAGGCCCCAGCCCCCCGCACUGGGGGAAACGGUGUGCCCGCAGAGAGGCACCAGGCCCUCCAGGUGGCCAUGGACAAGCUGCAGGGCCGCUUUACAGAGCUCAUGCAGGAGAAAGUGGACUUGAAGGACCGUGUAGAGGAGCUGGAGCAUCGCUGCAUCCAGCUGUCUGGAGAGACGGACACUAUUGGAGAGUACAUCGCCCUGUACCAGAGCCAGAGGGCUGUGCUGAAGGAGCGGCACCGGGAGAAGGAGGAGUACAUCAGCCGGCUGGCUCAGGACAAGGAGGAAAUGAAGGUGAAGCUCCUGGAGCUGCAGGAGCUGGUGUUACGCCUGGUGGGCGAGCGGAAUGAAUGGUAUGGCAAGUUCUUGGCGGCUGCCCAGAACCCUGCUGGUGAGCCCAGUGCAGUGGCCCCGGCCCCCCAGGAGAAUGUUGCUGCUGACAGCCAGGGUGAUCUCCAUGAAGUGAGCCUUGCUGACAAUGUGGAGCCUACUCAGGGAGAGGCCCUGCCGGGCCUGGCUACUCCCCCUGAGAACCCCACCGCACAGCAGAUUAUGCAGCUGCUGCGAGAGAUCCAGAACCCCCAGGAGCGCCCAGGCUUGGGCAGCAACCCCUGCAUCCCCUUCUUCUACCGGGCUGAUGACAAUGACGAGGUGAAGAUCAUGGUCAUCUAACGCCUGACACUAAAAGACAAAGCUUGGAGAAGUGGGGCUGGGGCUCUGUCCCCUGCUCUCUGUCCCUUUUCCUCCUUUCCUGGCACCCUUUCCAGGUCAACCCUUCCAGGUCACCCUUUUAUCCCUAGACUAGCAAGAUAGGGCCCCCGAAAAAGGGGUAUGAUGACCCCCCUGCCUACUUGGGGGAGAAACAGGUAUAGGCCCCUUGGCCCCUUGGCCAAGGCUGUCUUAAUCUCUGGGCUGCUACUAGUUCCAGAAAAACAAAGAGCCAGAAGUGCAGUAAAGGUAGUUUAUUUUAAGAGGCUACCUCUCUCGGGGAGCAGGGGCUCCCUGGUGGCCUCCUUACCCCUGCCAAGCGGUCCUUCAUUUAGAGGGGCUCAUGCAUCCUCUGCUCAGAGGCACUUUGGGGCACAAGUGCCCCCCUUGUCCAGGUAUACAACUGGGCAGCACUCUCACAGGCCUUGGGACAGUUGGGGCUAACCAAGGCCAGCACAGGCGUAAGCUCCCUCUCCAGUGUACAUACUAUAUCUAUGUAACAUUUUGUAUAUUCCAGGGGUAGGGCAGCCCCCUGUAUCAUAGCAGAGGUCGGAGCUGGCAGAUGGGGAGCAGGUUCUAUUAAAUAUUUGGGGUUGGGGGAACUUAUUUAUUGAUAGCAUAGGACAGAGGAAGGAGGCAGGGAUAGGGUGGUGCCCAGGUGAUUCGACUCCUGUUUGUUUUACUUUUUAUUUCAGAAUAAAUGAAUUUAGCCAUA